ACUCAAACUAUUAAUAAAAAUUUAAAAUUUGAAAAACACUAUCCUUAAAAUGGUAACCGUACAAAUCCUAUGGAUUAUAUUAACUCUUCAUAUUCUAACAUCAAAAAGUAAAAUUGUUCCAACACCUCGAAUAGCUGGAGGCGAUGCCAUAAAUAUAACCGAAGCCAAAUUUAUGGUACAGGUAGUUACGGAAACGCGUUGUGGUGGUAGCCUCGUAACACCACUACAUGUUAUAACAGCGGCCCAUUGUGUAGAAGGUAUACAACACUCGGCUGUAACAGUAAUUGGUGGAGCAACAUAUUUAAAUAAAGAUGGAAUUCGUAGAAAUAUUGAUACCAUUUACUUGCCCAAAGAAUAUGAUAAUAUAGAUUCAUCAGCAGACAUUGCUGUCUUAAGAUUAAGCUCUCCCUUAACUGGUCCUAAUGUAGCAACAAUUGAGUUAUGCAACUCCCAAUGGGAAGGAGGUGACUUCUUAAAGGUAUACGGAUGGGGUGCAAUUUUUGAGAAAGAAAUUCCUGGCUAUAUUAAAAAUGAAAUACUACUUAUUCAACAUAUCCCUGUACCAACACAACUACAUGUGGUUGAGGUUCCGGCUUUGACAGCGGAUAUAUGUGAAAAACUUUUUAGGAAUGUUUCACCAAAUGUUUACUUUUGUGCUGGUAUCCCUGGUAAAAAGGAUUCGUGUGGUGGUGACUCUGGUGGUCCAGCCGUAUACAAUAAUCAGUUGUGUGGUGUAGUAUCACAAGGACCACCUUGUCCACAAAUCGGUUUGUAUGUUAAUAUAAAUCAUGUUAGAGAUUUUCUUGAGAAAGUUAUACAAUUAGAUGGAGAGUGAAAUUGUUUUUGAUGAAUUGAUUUUUUUUAAUACAAACAAAAAUGUAAAAUUUU